UUUAUAUACAAAAAUACAUGUUUGCCGUUCGCCGAUUAUUCAAGUUUCCUGUUUGAUUAUUUGGCGAUGAAUUAAACUAAGAUAUCGUUUGAUAUUUUCUGAUUGAGUGGAACUCGAAAAAGAAACAGAAACAUGUUGCAACCUGUGCCAGAAUACAUUGAAUUUCCAAAAGAAGAAGAGAAUAUUUUGCAGCUGUGGAAUUCUAUUCAAGCAUUCAAGAAAAGCUUAAAGCUGUCAAAGGGGAAACCAAGGUAUACCUUCUAUGAUGGUCCUCCAUUUGCAACUGGUCUUCCUCAUUAUGGACAUAUAUUAGCCGGAACUAUAAAAGAUAUUGUGACACGUUUUGCCCAACAGUCCGGUUACCAUGUGGAGAGAAGGUUUGGUUGGGAUUGUCAUGGUUUACCUGUGGAAUAUGAAAUUGACAAAACACUUGGUAUAAAAGGUCCAAGUGACGUUGAAAAACUUGGCAUUGAACAGUAUAAUAAUGAAUGCAGAAAAAUUGUGAUGAGAUAUGCAAAACAGUGGGAGGAAAUUGUUGGCCGAAUGGGUAGAUGGAUUGAUUUUGAAAAUGACUAUAAAACUCUUUAUCCAUCAUUCAUGGAAAGUGUGUGGUAUGUUUUCAAGCAGUUAUAUAACAAAGGAUUUGUUUAUCGUGGUGUCAAGGUGAUGCCUUUUUCAACUGCAUGUAGUACUCCCCUUUCAAAUUUUGAAUCUGGACAAAAUUAUAAAGAAGUUGUUGAUCCUGCUGUGAUUGUCAGUUUUCCUUUGGAUGAAACUCCAGAUGUGUCUGUGAUAGCUUGGACAACAACCCCAUGGACUUUACCUAGCAAUUUAUCAAUUUGUGUGCACCCUGAGUUAGACUAUGUCAAAGUUAAAGGCUUGACUAUAAUGACACUUUAA